ACGUUCGUGGAAGGUUUGCAAGCUGAUUUCGAGCUGACUGCCGUCUAGUCAGACUUUAUCGACGAGGUUUUGCUCGGUAAAAUUCACCUUCUCAAGUAAAAUUCUCAAAAUCUACCUUCUAAAGGCGAGCGGCGCAGGUUUAGACUGCAGUGGCUGUUGUGCGGUUGGGAACACUUGCAGUAGAAGGCAGCUUUGACAGUGACAUCUCCGGCAAAGAGAAUAUCAAUACAAGCCCCAAAAUAACUGAAGAAAUUGGCAAAAUCCCACGGAUAGACCCCCAGUAGAGUUAAUUACACCAACGCGAAGCACACGCUAGAAAAAUGGGUGAUGUGCCCGUAAUGGCUACAAACGACGAUGCGAGCGAGUGCAAAAGGGGCGCAGUGCAAUUGGGCUAUUGGACCGACAAUUACAUAUCCUAUUUUGUCAGGCAUAUCGAGCGACGAGCCCCCGAAAUAAAUCGGGGAUAUUUCGCUCGCGUGAAAGGAGUGGACAAUUUUAUCCAAAAGUUCAUCAGCAGAGCGGGCAGCAACGCACAAAUAAUCAACUUUGGGGCCGGCUUUGAUACGUUGUACUGGCGGCUGAAGGAUGAGGGUAUUGUGAUCUCCUGUUAUGUGGAACUGGACUUUCCCACAGUCACAUCAAAAAAGUGCUACGUGAUCAAGCGGAACAAGCCCCUUUUGGACCGGAUUUACGAGCAGGAUGGCGAGGUGAAGUUCAGUUCCACUGAUCUGCAUUCGGGCAACUUUCACUGCUUGGGAGUGGAUCUGAGGAAUAUUCCGCAGCUGAAGGAGAAGCUGCGACAGGCAGAAAUAAAGUUCGAUAAGCCCACAUUGUUUAUUGCUGAAUGCGUGCUGGUGUAUGUGGAGAAUGAUUGCGUCAAUCGGCUGCUCCAGUGGCUUUCCUCGUCAUUUUCCACGGGGCUUUUUAUCAACUACGAAAUGUGCAACAUGAAUGAUACGUUCGGGGACAUAAUGCUGGGAAAUCUACGAGCCAGAGGCUGCAAUAUGGCGGGAAUUUCCCACUGCAAAAAUCUGGAAACUCAACGAGAUAUUUUCAUUAAUAAUGGCUGGAUAGGGGCGAAAGCCUGGGACAUGGUGCAGAUCUAUCGGGCGAUUGACCGAAACGAAAUUGCACGAAUUGAAAAAAUCGAGUUUCUGGACGAACAUGAGCUGUUGAUCCAGCUCUUUCAGCAUUACAGCCUCAGCAUUGGCUGGCUCGGUCAGGAUUUUGCUGAUUUCGGCAUCAACAUGUAGACAGUGAAUUACUUAAACAUUUAAAAAACAACAACAAAAUGACUGUGAUACUUCGUAUUUGCGCCUGAUUUUUUGCGUUUAUUAAUUGGCUUGGCCAGCUUUAAAUCGUUUAUGAAAUUGAUUAUAUAAUGUUUUCUAGUGUGGUUUAUUAGUUGAAUAAAGGGCUCUAAACAGCCACUAAGUCCUUACGGGGAAAA